AAAAGACAGUUUUUCAUUAGUGUGAAUUGUUUAAAAUUUCCUCUCUGGGUGACUAGCAGUUGGCUAAACAAUAUUGUUUGUUAUAUUCAGAGCCUCAUGCGUGACUUGUGUGCCGGCUUGUUUGCUAGGUGAUAGCAAAUCAUGUGGAUUGUCUGUUUUGUUUUUAUAGACAAGAUGUGAAAUGGAGAAAUAUCUGGCACCUCAGCUCCCACCCGUUCCUGUCAUCCCUGAACAUAAAAAAUACAGAAGAGACAGUGCCUCAGUGGUAGACCAGUUUUUCACUGACAGUGAAGGGUUGCCUUACAGUAUCAACAUGAAUGUCUUCCUCCCUGACAUUAGUCACCUGAGAACUGGCCUGUACAAAUCGCAGCGACCGUGUGUGACCCACAUCAAGACAGAACCAGUCACGAUCUUCAGCCACCAGAGUGAAACUACUGCCCCUACCCCUGCCCCUACUCAGGCCCUCCCUGAGUUUACCAGCAUCUUCAGCUCUCACCAAACUCCUGACGUGAACAACAUUUUUAUCAAGCAGGAGCUUCCUACUCCAGAUGUUCACCUUUCUGUCGCGCCCCAGCAGGGCCAGUUAUAUCAGCUCUUGAGCUCACCGGAUCUAGAUAUGCCCAACACUACUCCUCAGGCAGCCGUAAUGGACUCCCUUAACAGUGUCUCCAUGCCCUCCACCAUGGCAGGCCUUAACACGCUCUCCUCGGCGCUUCCACAGACUGCAAUGAAACAGUUCCAGGGCAUCCCCCCAUGUACCUACACGAUGCCAAACCAGUUUCUUCAACAGCAGGCUACCUACUUCCCACCUUCACCCCCAAGCUCAGAGCCUGGAAGUCCAGACAGACAAGCAGAGAUGUUACAGAAUUUAACCCCUCCACCCUCAUACGCCGCAACCAUAGCUUCCAAGCUGGCAAUUCACAAUCCGAACAUACCAGCAACGCUGCCAAUAACUACCCCAAACAUACAACCGGUCAGAUACAACAGAAGAAGUAACCCAGACUUGGAGAAAAGACGUAUCCACUACUGUGACUAUCCCGGCUGCACAAAAGUUUAUACAAAGUCUUCUCACUUAAAAGCGCACCUGAGAACUCACACUGGAGAGAAGCCGUACAAAUGCACGUGGGAAGGCUGCGACUGGAGGUUCGCCCGCUCCGACGAGCUCACGCGCCACUACCGGAAGCACACGGGGGCGAAGCCCUUCCAGUGCGCCGUGUGUAACCGCAGCUUCUCCCGCUCCGACCACCUCGCGCUCCACAUGAAGAGGCACCAGAACUGAGGCCGCACUCGGCACCGAGGCCGUUCCCUAUCUAUGCAAUUUCCUAAGGACUCUCGACUCGCGGCUAAAGCUAGUUUAAUUUUUGACGAUGGGUUAUCCAUUUGAAUGAAAUCUCGAAAGAAACUGGAAAUGUAUAUUUUGUAUAUUUAUGCAGAAAAAGGGAAGACACUGAAUCACAAUACCAGAGUGUUCACUUGUUUGUUUGCUCUCAUGAUGUGUAUGGCUUUAGUCAGCAGGUUUCAUCUCUUUACAAGUAUUAUGUCUUGACACAUUGCAGCAUUACACAUUUUUUCUGUUGCAGUGUUUUGACCAAAGCACUAUCAUUAUUGUGACAAUGUUUAGUAAAUGAGUUAAUGAGAGGCUGCAGGUGAAUGAACAGUGGAAAAGCCAUGAAUUGUAACCCGUCGGGUUUUUACUGGACAUAUUUAGUACUUGUGGUUUUUUUUUAAAUGUUAAGUCGUUCUGUGGAAAUAAAAUACAUAGAAAAAUUCAUAAACAGCCAUAGAACAAAACUUUUUGUUCUGUAUGUUGCAUGUUUGCUAUGACAAAGAUUUUGUAAAUAUGCAAAUCAGCUUUUUUGGGUUUAAUACAAAAGUUUUCUAAAAAUCAUCUGAAA